GUUGUCGGAACAUAAGUUUCGGAAGAAAUCAUUUGCAGAUUGGUGCGUAAGAAACGCAAACAACGUGCGGAGUGAUACCGAGCCGUUGUGUAUGGUGCUUCGCAUUGGCGUAUUUUACAGUACUUUGUGAAUAUUUGUGAAAGUGAUGUUAAUUCUGAGUGUGCGUUUCAUGAAGCAAGAAAUAAGAAUGUUACAAAACAGCUCAAGCUUCAAAAUCAACAUAAGCAAAAACAUUUCGGAUUCAGUUGCCAUGGAACGCGUUAGCGUCAAGCAGGAAUUCAGCAGCUUUGCACAACAUUCACCCUUUCCACAUUCAGCCUUGCACCAUGGCCAUCAGCAGACAACGCUCAUACAUCAACAACGCUCACCCACACAACGCCUCCAUCAUCACAACCACCAUCACCACCCUCUCCAUCAACAAUCGCAACAAUAUCAGCAACAACAACAUUCUCAUCAGCAACAUUUACAUACACUCUUCAGCCGUUAUGGCGCUGCCGUCGGCAUUGGUGUCGGUCUAAACUUUGGUGGGGAUCCAGUCGACCGCGUUGCGGCAAGUGCUUUCCUUGCUGAUAACGGUAACGCUUGUAAUUAUUCCAAUUCGCGUGACAGCGAUAAACUCAACUUGACACCUUCGCCCAUAUUUACGGAUUACGAUGAGAAUAGCCUGAGCUCGGAAGAGCAUGUGCUGGCACCGUUGGUGUGUUCAUCGGCUCAAACGUCGCGUCCCUGUUUGACGUGGGCCUGCAAGGCAUGCAAGAAAAAGAAUGUUGCAGUGGAUCGCAGAAAAGCUGCAACACUGCGGGAGCGUCGGCGGUUGAGAAAGGUUAAUGAGGCUUUUGAGGUGCUUAAGCGUCGCACGUCAACGAAUCCAAAUCAAAGAUUACCAAAAGUUGAAAUACUCCGCAAUGCUAUCGAAUACAUUGAAAGUCUCGAAGAUCUGUUGCAGGAGUCAUCGCCCACACGUUCCAUAGACAGUCUUGCAGAUGGUAUAAGUGGGAAAGCGUGUCAACAGGACUAUUUGAACUCAUACACAGGUGCGUAUUUGCGACAGAAGUUAAAUUUUUUCCACAAUGAAUUUGAAUCGUCCACAGCAAAUGGUUCCAGUCUGGAUUGUCUAAAUUUGAUUGUACAAAACAUUAAUCGAAGUACAACGCAAACCACACUAACAACUAUUGCGGGCAAUAAUAAUAACAACAACAAACAAAGUAACAAAAGCAGCAGCAGUAGUGGUAGUAACAACGGUAGCAACAAUUCAAGCAAUGCCGUCGCCACUGUUCCAGUGACGACUUCACCAUCAACAGCAAGUAUUACCAGCAAUAUAUCGCAAAGCUCGUCGCAAUCGUCUUUGAAUGCGACUUUUAAGCAAAAAUGCACAACAUAAUAAUAAUAUAAAAAAUGUGUAUAUAUUCAAAUGUAUGUAAAUAUGUAGUUUUGUAUAGGAUAAAUUAGCGAGUAUAUAGAGGAGCUGUAAAAUAAUUCAAUCGUGGAGAUUUAAUUCACUCAUAAUUCUUUUAUAAAAUGUGAUUAUUGGAUUGUACAAAAACCAUUUUUUUAAAUUGUAAAUGAAUGAAAAAAUUUUGUUUGAAAAACUUCAGUGCGCCAUUAAAUGGGAUAAAAGCAUUCAGUGUAUUCACUUACAUCUGUGUUCACGACAAUAGCAGCGCGACAAAUUUCAAGCUGUUGACUAUUUUUUAAAUUUGUAAUUUACAAAUUAAUUUUUAUUAAUACAAAAUAUAGUUCAUACCAUGAUACAAUAAUUUUUAGAAGGUAGUUUCACUUUAAUAUUUUUGACAUAAACCGUGUUUGUUGACAUGUUGUUGUUGGUCAUGUGGUAGAAAAUCGACGUCUUAAAAUCCGAUUUGACCUAUUUUCCCAGAUUUAUGUGAGAGAAGAUCACAUAUUUGUUUAGAUACAAGACUUCUGCAAUAUAACCCCUUCACUUAAGCAGCUAAAACUGUGAAAUUUUGAGGACUAUAUAAAUAUACCCAACAAUCAAACAGCUUGUACAAAAUAAAAUUGUCGAAAGCUUUGCAAUAUAGCGCGCUGCUUUAUUCUGAACGUCGGUAUGCAUAUAAGGUGGCGCAAAAUUAAUCAUCCAUUUUGUUUUGUAAUAACUUGUUUACUAAUUAAAAAGAAAAUUAUUUUGAAUGACCUUUGACCUUUUUUUGUAUACUGCAGCUAUCUUAUUCACAAAUGCCAAAUAUGAUUGGCGUACUACGCAAUUUUCAAAUAUUGUAAAUCUUCCGAUAGGAUGACUAAUUUUGCGUCAUCUUAUAUGUAUAUAUGCAUAUCAUUCAGUCCUACUACUACUUUAUAAUUAUUUAAGAAAUGCAUGCU